AGGCCUCGCCUCUCAAAAAGAAAGGGAAGAAGGAGUCUGAUCGCAGCAAAAGGUAAAGCAAAAGUCAAAUCAUCAACAACGUCAUUUAUGCAAGGUAAUACGUACCUUUAAAUCUGGCAAUAGCAACAAAAAGGUCCUUCUUUUUGUACAGAAAUAAGAUCUUUGCCUGAAGAGGAGUUCUCAAGAUGAAGACAGCGGAGAAGGUGGUUUGUGCGUGUUGACAACUGAUGCUGGGAAAUGGCUGCGAUUCUAAACUAGUAAUUACGUAAUAACACGAACACUUUUGUGAUUACUGGGCUUAGGAAUCAAUAUUUCAAGAUUAGCUUUGUUUUCUCUGAGUACCUCUCUACAUAAGUACGUUCUUUGCUGAAAAAUGAAGGUCGUUACUUUGAGGGUGUGUUCUUUUUUAACAUAAGAAUAGGUCAUAAAUGUUGUUUACAAGUUAAAUUUUUCUUUAUCGGUAUACUAAAAAUUUAAAGGAAUAAAGAGAAAGACUGAGUGACAGCAGCUGUUAUGCUAAUACAUUUUGCAGAAAUCAUUCUUAAAGACAGGCCUUGUUUGAUAGAGUGUCGUAAGUCGAAAAUCAACUUAACCAUGGCAACCAGGAAGCCCAUUCAGUCAUUUUAUCACAGAAUAGAGUCAUCCAAUCCAAUCGCUAAAAUAAGAUAUGGUGGCAAACGCCUGUGCUGUCGGCUUCCAAUGCACGAGAACGCGGCGUGCCAUUCAGCCACGAUUGGAUUAAAGUUGCUUAAGGGACGGGAUCAGACCGUGCAGCCGACCAAAAAGUGCAACAGUGCAAGACUAAGUUAA